AUGGUGAGGCUCAACUUGCUCAUGCUUUGCUUAUCUGCCUUGUUGUAUGCUGUUAAUGCAUUGAACACUCAUGGGGUGGCUCUUCUGUCACUCCAGAGGCAUUGGACAUUUGUGCCUCCUUCCAUAAACUUGAGUUGGAAUGCUUCUGAUUCCACUCCAUGCUCUUGGGUAGGAGUCCAGUGUGACAAUAACCAUAAUGCAAUCUUUCUUAAUCUCUCUGGAUACUCAAUUUCAGGUCUUUUGGGACCUGAAAUAGGACAAUUGAGUCACUUGCAAACACUUGACUUGGCCUCAAACAACUUCUCAGGGAAAAUACCUCCUGAGUUAGGAAAUUGUAGUCUGCUUGAGAACCUGGACCUUGCUUAUAACAAUAUCAGGGGACACAUACCUGAAAGUUUGAAAAACUUGCAGAAUUUACUGUAUUUCAGCGUUAUGUACAAUCAGCUAACUGGUCAAAUUCCUGAUUUUUUGUUUCAACUUCAACACUUGGAACAUCUUCUCCUGAACCAAAACCAUUUGAUUGGUUCCAUUCCAACGAAUGUUGGGAACAGUACAGAAAUUUUGAGGCUGUAUCUGGAUGCUAAUCAGUUGUCAGGAAGGAUUCCCCCGUCAAUUGGAAACUGCACUAAAUUAGUGCAGCUCUAUUUGGAUAAUAACCAGUUGCAUGGAGUUCUACCUGAAAGUCUUAACAAUCUCCAAAAUGUUGUUAAGUUAGGUUUCAGCAAUAAUAGAUUUGAGGGUGCCAUUCCAUUAUUGGGUUCUAGCAUAUGUAAAAGUUUAUAUUAUUUGGAUUUGUCAGUCAAUAAGUUUAGUGGAGGCAUACCUUCAACCCUGGGCAAUUGCAGCGGAUUAAGAGAAAUUUAUGCUUUCAACACAAGUUUAGGAGGCAGCAUCCCAUCAUCCUUGGGCCAACUAAGAGAACUUUCUGUUCUUCGCCUUGAAACCAAUCAUUUGUCCGGACAAAUACCUUCAGAAAUAGGUGAUUGUAGGUCAUUAAAACAGUUGCUGUUAAAUAACAAUGAACUUGAGGGAGAGAUUCCAAGUGAAUUAGGAAAGCUAAGUCAAUUGCAAGAUCUUAGGCUUCAUUUCAACCAUUUGACUGGAGGAAUUCCAGAGAGAAUUUGGCAAAUUCCUGGCCUUGAGGAGCUGCAUGUGUAUUACAAUAACCUCUCUGGGGAGCUGCCUUUAAAAUUGACAGAACUCAAACAACUGAAGAAACUCACCUUGUAUCACAAUCAAUUCUCUGGAAUUAUUCCUCAAAACUUAGGAAUUAAUAGCAGUUUAGUCCAGUUGGAUGUCUCAAAUAAUUACUUCACUGGCAACAUCCCACCGAAUCUUUGCUUUGGACGACAAUUAGAAAGGCUAAUCCUGGCUUCAAAUCAAUUUCAAGGUGGUAUACCUCUUGACAUAGGAAGAUGCACAUCACUUACCAGGUUACGUCUUGAUGGAAACAACUUAAGUGGACCUCUACCUGAUUUUACAAGCAAUAGUAGUCUCACCUACGUGGACUUCAGUGAGAACAAUAUCAAUGGAACAAUUCCAUCGAGUUUGGGAAACUGUACAAAUCUUACUAGUGUUAUUCUGUCUCACAACAAUCUUUCUGGAAACAUACCCUUUGAGCUAGGAAGCCUUGUUAACCUUCAAAGGCUGAACAUUUCUCACAACAAAUUAGAAGGUCCUUUGCCACCUGAGCUGUCAAACUGUAAGAAAAUGCAAUACUUUGAUGCCGGAUUCAAUUCUCUAAAUGGCUCAUUCCCAUCAAGUUUGAGAACUUGGACAGAGUUGACAGCAUUAAAUGUAAGGGAAAAUUAUUUCUCUGGUGGUAUCCCAACUUUCUUAUCAGAAUUAGAAGGCCUUUCUGAUCUACAACUUGGGGGAAAUGUUUUUGGAGGCCAAAUUCCUAGAUCAAUUGGUGAGUUGCACAAUCUAUUUUAUGAGUUGAAUCUAAGUGCUAAUGAGUUGACUGGUGAAAUUCCUCCUGAGAUUGGGAAACUGAAACUCCUUCUAAACCUGGAUAUUUCUCUUAACAAUCUGACUGGAAAAAUCGAAGUUUUUGAAGAUCUCUCUUCAUUGAUUGCACUCAAUAUUUCAUACAAUUCCUUUUCUGGUCCUCUUCCAGACAAACUAGUGAACUUGCUCCAUUCUUCUCCAUCAUCAUUCUUGGGUGUUCCUGGCUUAUGUGUUAGAUGUUUACCAUCGAAUUGUUCCAAAAGUAAAAGCUUGAAGCCAUGUGAUGAGAACAAUUCCACACAUAAAAAAGGGCCGAGUAAAAGGAAAGUUUUGUUGGUAGCACUUGGAUCCACCGUACUUGUAACAUUUCUUUUACUUGGUCUUGUUUAUGUGCUACACUAUAAGCAAAAUGUCAAGACUUUCCCCGAACAGAGAUCAUCUACUUUCCUCAAGAAGGUUAUGAAGGUCACAGGGAACCUAAAUGAUAAGCAUAUUAUUGGUAGAGGUGCACAUGGAGUUAUUUACAAAGUUAAAUUCAGUGCAGACCAAGUUUUUGUCAUAAAGAAAAUUCCUUUUGCAGAUAACAAAGCUCAGAUCGCAAGCAUGACCACAGAGAUUGAAACCACUGGGAAGAUUAGGCACCGAAAUCUGGUAAGAAUAAAAAACUUCUGGUUAAGAAAGGACUGUGGUCUAAUUCUGUACAAGUACAUGGAAAAUGGAAGUCUUCAUGAUGUUCUGCAUGAGAAGUAUCCACCACCACCUUUAGAGUGGAGUGUCCGCUAUAAGAUUGCAGUUGGAAUUGCACACGGGCUUGAAUAUCUCCAUCAUGAUUGUGAUCCUUUCGUAGUUCACAGAGAUAUUAAACCAAAGAAUAUACUUUUGGAUUCUGAUAUGGAGCCUCAUAUUGCUGAUUUUGGCAUUGCCAAGCUUCUAGACCAUUCCUCCUCCACUUCAUCGCAAUCUUUCUCUGUUACUGGUACAGUUGGGUACAUUGCACCAGAGAAUGGUUAUUCAACAGUGAUAAGUAGGAAGUCUGAUGUAUAUAGUUAUGGAGUGGUUUUGCUAGAGCUGAUAAGCAGAAAGAAGGUGGUAGAUGAUCCUUCACUUGUGGAAGGAACAGAACUUGUGGGGUGGGUUACAUCUAUCUGGGAAAAAACAAAAAGCAUUGAUGGGAUUGUUGACUCAGGCCUUAAAGAGGAACUUUUGGCAUCAAAUUUGAGGGAGCAAGUUGAACAAGUGCUUUUGAUGGCAUUGAGAUGUACUGAGAAGCAUCCUGGUGAGAGACCAACAAUGAGAGAAGUGGUGAAGGACUUGAUAGUUGGAUGCAAUGCUCCUCACAUGAAGGGCUAG